CACGAGAAAAAUCAAGGCACGCCUAACAAAUCGCACCUCUGCUCAAACCACCAGACAAAACUUCCUCGCCGGCGUCAUAAUCGUCAGAUCUACACAUAUAAACAAAAUUGUCAACAAUGGAUUCAGGAAAGGCUGCUGUUAAGCUCGUCAAGGUCAUCAAGGUUCUCGGUCGUACCGGUUCCCGCGGAGGUGUCACCCAGGUCCGUGUCGAAUUCAUGGAUGACACUACCCGAUCCAUCAUCCGUAACGUCAAGGGUCCUGUUCGCGAGGACGACAUUCUAUGUUUGCUCGAAUCCGAGCGUGAGGCUAGGCGGCUACGUUAAGGAUGAGGGGGUUGGCUUGGUAUCUGGGGGUAUCUGGGGGAUAUGGUACCGGCUUGGGAAUAAAAAAAUAAAAUUUCAUUCUGUACCAAAAUUCACGACCGCUCUGGGGUUCCAUUUCUUCUUGUUCUUCGGGUCAUUGUCUGUUGGAAUUUUUAACGGCAACAAAAGUCUCUUGAAUUCCUGAUA